AUGCUAAAGGACUACGCCUUACUUUCUAACGGUUCUGAUGCCAUCUACUUACUUGAAACCGGAGAUCGAUUCUCAGAAGCUCUACCUCAUUGGAAGAUGGUCUUUGAGCAUGAAGCUGAUUUGGCUUCACGGUCAGGGUAUUUGAUCGAUGCCAUUCAGGUACAAGGUGCUGAUGGGUCUGUUCAGAUAGAGUAUAUCCUCCUUUCCGUCACCAGAGCAGAGGAUGAAAAACCUAAGGUUCAUAUCGAUUGGUUUACGAUCUCUCGUAAGUAA